AUGAGCGGAAGAGGCAAAACAGAUGGUAAAGCCAGAUCCAAGGCAAAGACUCGCUCCUCCCGUGCUGGAUUGCAGUUUCCAGUCGGCCUUGUCCACCGUCUGCUGAGGAAGGGCAACUAUGCACAGCAUGUGGGUGCCGGAGCCUCCGCUGGAGCCAACCUGGUGGCUGUGCUCGAGUAUGUGACCGCUGAGAUCCUCGAGCUAGCCGGCAAUGCUGCUUGGGCCAAUAAGAAGACCUGUAUCACUCCCUGUCACCUGCAGCUGGCUGUCCGCAAUGACGAGCAGCUCAUAAUAUGA